AUGGCGUGCAAGGCAAAGGUUUUAAUAAUCGUCAUGAUUUUCGUCUUUAUUGACGUUUUGCAAGCUGCUAAUAUUCAUCGGGAACGUCGUGAUGCGUCUGAAGCUGUACAAGUGCCUACUGACAGCGACACGGGCCUUGAUAUCCUUUUGGAGGAUUCGCCAAGUGCACAUUUUGGUCUUGCCAAAAAAUUGGGUGCCAAAUUUAUUGAUAUUUUGAAGAACCUCCAAGAAAAGUAA